AUGCGCUCAGCUAUAUCUUGUUAUAAAUGUACUAGUUAUAAUGAUACAAGAUGUAAAGAUGAUAAAUUACCCGAUGAAUUUAAACUCCCAUGCGGAAGAUACAAAAACCCCCGAGAUGGUCAAUACAAAGACUACACAUUAUGCCGUAAAAUAGUUCAAACUAUUGAAUUCAAUGUGAAUGGACUUGAGCCCGAAACCCGCGUUAUCCGUCAAUGCGGAUGGGAUAACUCCACCUACUCGGGACGUUGCUACCAACGUGCUGGAUUUGGUGGCAGACAAGAAGUCUGCGGUUGCUUCGAAGACAACUGCAACGGUGCCAAUUCAGUUAGUUUAGUAUUUGGCGUGACAAUUCUGUCCGCUGUGCUAGCAUUUGUCGCACGAGUUUAAUAAACUUGAACAAUUUUCGGCACGAACAACGGUUUUAAACUAAACAACAAGAACUUUCAAGCGCUUUAAACAAAAGGAAAAAAUAAAAACCGAAAUUUUAUUGAUUUUUACGUAAUAAACGAGGCGAAUGAAACCAUCGUGAAUAUUUAAAAUAUUUCUCAUCGAAUAUUUUUUAAAAUUUAAUUUUAUUACAAAAUUUUAUCAUCAUCCUUGCUCUUGAAAAAAAAAAUUAGAAAAUAACAAAAUUUUUGGAUGUAAACAAGAAACGCUUUUAAUUUCUUAUACUCAAUGAAAAAUGAAACGUAAAGUCAAGCAAAGCUCAUUUGUCGUCUAAGACAACAACUUAAAAAAAAAACGCUUAAACGCCUCAAAAUGACCAACAGAGGGCUCGCUUGGAGUCAUUUUCGAAUAAAAAGGCAAAUUUAAACCAAAAAAAAAACAGCAAAUGGGCGCGCUUUAGAUCUAAUAGUUUUUCUAUUAAUAUUAAAAAAAAAGUUAAAUAAGAAAAUUUAAAUUAAAUUUAGGGAAUAAUAAAAAAAAAACUUAAAAAUGAACCCCUUUAUUAGAGUCUAUAUAAAGGUAUAUAUUAUAUAUAGUGGUACUUAUAUAAAAAAGUAUAUAGUGUAAAACAAAAAAAAUUAAAACACAUGUUAUUAGGUCGUAGAUACUUAAAAAAACAAGAAAAAUGAUAAAUAUUUAUGAAAUGUUAUAAAUCGUUAAAUUUAAAAUGAACGUCAAUAAAAUUAUUUCGAUUUUUCAUUAUAUAUAUGGUUUCAAGGGGAACAAACAACAACUUUAUUGAAAUAGUUCAAAUUUACGAUUUUUCAUAAUGUUUCGUGAUAAUUUUUCAGCUUCGAACCCUAUAAAAAAAGAAGAAGCUUUUACUAAACGUACCCACGAUUUAAUUUUGCAUUUAUUUAUUGAAUUAAUAAAAAUUUAAAAAAAAUUGCCACAAAAUAUUUAACAGUAUUUUCUAUUAAAAAAAAACGAACAAUCUUAUAAUUUUUCACACAAAAAUUGAUCUUUUUGCCAAAAAUAAAAAAAAAUAUUUAAAAUUGUAAUAAAAAAUUUUUCUAAUACUUUACACAAUAAUACACAAGAAUGAGUUCUAACUCGAAAUAUUUUAUAAAAAAAAAAUAUUUUUAAUCAAUCAUCGAUAUAUAAUUACGAAUGUUCACAAUCAUUUCAAUAAAAUAGUUUAGUUUGUAGCAGCAGCAGCAGAGAAGAAAUAGUUUUUCACAUAAAUUGACGAUCGAUAUUUGCUUAUAAAAAAUUUUUAGUUUCGCAGGAAUUUUCCUAAUUAAUAAUUAAUAUUAAUAAAUUAAUAAUACUAAUUAUUAAAAAAAAAUUAAAUACUAAGAAGACCUAAAAAUGCCCAUAUUUUAAUUAGAAAUGAAGAGAAUCAAAGCAAAAUAGUAGAUUUUAAUGUAAUAAUGCGUAUUGAAACACCUACAGAUAUAUUUAAAAAAAUAAUCGUUUUAGUAAAAUAAAUAAAAAAUGAAAAAAAUAUUCAAUAAUAGCGCUAAUUAUUAAAUUAUAUUAAAUUACAAGUUA